UCACUGGUUAGCAGAAUCGCUAACCCGUCUAUACGCUAACCACAUUUUACUCUAGUUAGUGGAGCAUAGCUGACCAAGUGGAAAUGGAUAAUGCUACUCUUGAUAGUUUAAUCCUGAAACUGCAUGACAUCCAAGCCGUCAAGUUCGGUACUUUCAAACUAAAAAGUGGACUCACUUCGCCGAUAUAUUUUGAUCUUAGAGUAAUAGUUUCCCAUCCAGCGUUGAUGAACCAGGUGGCAAAUCUUCUUCAUAAGCGUGCUGAGGAUGCAGGAGUUGAGUUUGAUAGUGUGUGUGGAGUCCCUUACACAGCUCUUCCUCUGGCCACCAUCAUCUGCUCUACCAAACACUAUCCUAUGCUUAUUCGACGAAAGGAGGCAAAGGACUAUGGAACAAAACGUCUCAUCGAGGGAACCAUCCACCCCGGUGACAGAUGUCUUAUCGUAGAGGAUGUAGUGACCAGUGGCAGCAGUGUUCUAGAAACCGCUGAGGUUCUUGAGAAGGAAGGCCUGAAGAUCACAGAUGCUGUCAUGUUAAUGGACCGAGAGCAGGGAGGCAGUGCCAGGCUAGCUGACCGUGGCAUCACUCUACAUUCAGUCAUUUCUGUCUCCAGACUUCUGGAUGUGUUACUUAAAGCUGGCCGAAUAGACACGGCAUCUUCUCAGAACGUUGAGAGGUUCAUUCAAGAAAAUAACACCUACAUAUCAACAAAGGAGAAUGGCUCCUCAGCUCCUAAAAAGAGCUGUAGGGAGCUCAGCUAUGGGGCUCGUGCUGCAUUCCCAGACACUCACCCUCUCGCUGCCCGCCUGCUGAAGAUCAUGGAGGACAAGAAGACCAAUCUGUGUGUGUCUGCAGAUGUGACUCGCUCUGAGGAGCUGCUGGAGAUUGCUGAUACGCUGGGGCCGCUGAUUUGCGUGUUGAAGACUCAUGUGGACAUCCUCCAGGACUUCACUGCAGAUGUCACCAGCAGUCUGAAAGAGUUGGCUAUAAAGCACAACUUCCUGAUUUUUGAGGAUCGCAAGUUUGCAGACAUUGGGAACACGGUCAAGCAUCAGUAUGAAGGCGGUCUCUAUCAGAUCUCCUCAUGGGCACACAUCAUUAAUGCCCACGCAUUGCCGGGUCCGGGUGUGCUGCAGGGUCUCGGUGCAGUUGGCAAGCCUCUGGGUCAUGGCUGUCUGCUCAUUGCUCAGAUGAGCUCCCAGGGUUCCCUAGCAACAGGAGAUUACACUCAAGCAGUGGUCAAGAUGGCUGAAGACCACACAGAUUUUGUGUUUGGAUUUAUAAGUGGAUCAAAGAUCAGUGAAAAGCCCGGUUUGGUUCACAUGACUCCAGGAGUGCAAAUGCAGACGGGAGAGGAUGGACUUGGACAGCAGUAUUCAAGUCCGAUGUUCUUAAAGGCUCUGAUUUCUCUUUUAUUCUUCAGAAGGAACUGGGUCAUUCCAUCCACUUGA